UUUAGAUAUUUAUUGAAGGGUUGCGGGGUGCUUACAAACCUCCGACUCCUGCCAUUUUUGCUUACCGGAAGGUGAUCACGAGUUAUUGCUCGCCCUAGUAUCGAUGGCGAACAUUAUGCCAUCAAGGCCCUCAGAAGGGCUAACUGACUCCUCAGGUGGGCUAUCAAGUUUUCUCCAAAGUGCGCUACUAAAAGGAGCCGGCCACCUUCCCAUUCCGCGCGCUGUCGCUCCCCCAAAUUGGUCCCUCGCCUUAACGCGACUUCAGGCCACGACGCUCCUUUCUUCUCUGUCGACCUAGCAACAUCGGCGCCCAGCUAAGACGGAGUCUCGACGCUAUUCCCAGUGUGAAAACUUGAAGCCACGAACUUCUAUCUGCCCCGCACUAACCGCAACAUCUCACAAUGUUAGCCCUAGGCUUUCCCCGCACCCGCGAUCAUAUCCUGAAACGAACGAUGAUGCCUUGGCCAUCCAACCACGAUGGCGUUCUAUUUGAAAUUCGAUCUGAAGAUGCAGUUUCCAGGCGCGUGGCAGAUUCCAGACAUCUUAGAAGAUCAUGCAGGUCGAACUCUUAUCAACCAUCUCCAGAGUCCGGAUCGUCUGCCACCGUCUGCCACCAUUGUAGUCAUAUGGAUCCUCUAAAAUCUGGGGUAAAUAUGGAGCAUGCCAUUUUCACGUAGCGGCCCUUUGCUUCGUGCAAAGCUGCUUGAUAGAAACUACCUACCUACCCCGCUAUCGUCGUGCGGUCUUACGGGUCAAAGAUACAACCUCACGGCAUUAAGGAUCUCCGCACGGUAGCCUAGGAGCCGCAUGCAGUGGAGCUGCAGUGGACCUGCCUAGAUAUUGAAGCAGUAUUGCUAUUGGAGAAUGGUUUUACUGUUUUGGGGUGAUGAGAGGUGCAUGUGGGAUGUGGCUUGUCAGGCUUGUACGACAGCUGGGGGAUAACGUUUUAGGUGCGUUCGACCGACCCAGUUGGCAGUUGUAGCUCUCCAGAUUCCCGAUGCGAUGGUGGAUUCUCUUACUCACAUGAGCUACAUCAAACGACGCGGUUGGAGGAUGAGAACGCGAGGCUGACGGACGUUAAGCUAGGAAGUGCACGGGCUGAAUGGGC